CUUGAAACUUCCAUCCCGGGCCAACAUCGAAGUUCCCGCCGCAUGGCACCCGCAUCCUGCGGCGGCCGCGAUUCGUACCCAACAAACCGCACACACAUUCUGCCCACCAGCAAAAAUCGCACAUUCAACAAGCCACCAGUUAUCGUGGCCAGAGGAUUGCCUGCUCCGUUUGACUUGGCAUCCCAUGGGCCGUACUGGCAGCAACGGCUCCAGCAAAUAUCAAUGCCAGGUGCUGAAGAAGAAGGUGCAGGACAUAUGCGAAGAUGAAAGCGCUGGGGCUGUGCCAUUUUUGUUUGAACCCUUGGCACUUCACCUCCUCAAGGAGGGCUACCGCGUGCGAGCCGUCGUCCGCUCGCACUUCAAGGAGCGCGACCUCCAGCGCCGCCCGACGAUCCAGGCGACAAAUCCUGGACCCCGCCUGAGCUUCGCCAUCGUCCCAAGCAUCAUGGUCGACGGGGCGUACGACAGUGCGAUGGAGGGCGUAACCAACGUCAUCCACUGCGCCUCGCCCGUGGCGACGGGGGCCAAGGUCGUCUACGCCAACGACGACGGCACGUUCUUCAUCCGGCCCGCGGUCGAGGGCACCCUCAACAUCCUGCGCGCGGCCGCGAAGGUGCCCACCGUCGCCCGCGUCGUCGUCACCAGCUCCCUCGCCGCGCUCAUCCCCUUCCAGGACCUCUCCCGCCCUGGCGGCGCCCCCGGCGGCGCGCGCGCAUACACGCCCCUCGACCGCGCGCCGCUGGAACCCGCCCCCUACCGCAGCGACGUCGCGGCCUACGUCGCCUCCAAGAUCUCGGCCCUGCAGGCCGCCGACGCGUGGGUCACCGCCAACGCCCCCCACUUCGACCUCGUGCACCUGCACCCGGGCUUCGUGCUGGGCCCCCACCACACCGCCACCACCCUCCCGCGCGCGCUGCAGGGGGGCAACACGCUGGUGAUGGCGGCGCUGCGGGCGGCGGGGCUGCGGCGGCGGCGCCCCCGCGGCAGCACGCACGCCGCCGUCUCGGUGCACGUGGACGACCUCGCGAAAGUGCACGUCCGCGCCCUGCACCAGGGUACCGUCCCCGGCGGCUGUGGUUAUAUUGUCGCCCGGCCGGCCGCGUGGGAGGAUGUGCCGCGCAUCGCGUGCGCGCGGUUUCCGGACGUUUUUGGGGUGUCGCCACCUGCUGGUCCUGCUGGUCCCAUCGGCAAUGUCACGGCCAAGGGGCUGAAUAUCGAUGACGAGGGAACGCAAGACGCGUUUCCCCGCAUUCAGUUCGCCGGCUUCGAGGAGCAGGUCGUGAGCGUCAUCCAGCAGUACCUGGACUUGGCUGAUGAGGCGGAUAUGGCGGCCCUGCGUGAGAUGGCGCGGAGGAUCGAGAGGUGAUAUGGGACGCUGGCGGAGGGAUGAGACGACGGGAUGGACUUGGGAUUAGCUGGUUGCUGAGGCAGGUUGGGUGAUGUCUUUGAGUGAGUGAGGUGGGAUGGAGGAGGAAAGUUAUAGGCGGUAUAUUGAUU